ACGGGUUGUAGGCUCUGUCACUCUGCAUAUGAAUUUUGCAGCAGUACAGUAGACUGAUGGCACAUCGCACGUUUGCACGACGGUUCGUCAUCUCUCUGUUGCUGCUUCUUCUCGUUUUCCUUCUCUCUCUCAUUCUGCUUCCUUGUUUCUCCAAUGAGAAGAGCCGGGAAAUUCAAAAGAUGGUAACAGUGACGUCAUCGGACGACACACUGAAACGCAAUUGCCGGUCGGUUCUGGUACUCGGAGCUGCUACGUUGACGGGAUUCCACGUUUCUCGUUGUUUGGCGCUGCGCAAGAAUGUCAACGUUAUUGGAGUGGACAAUCUGCAUGGACGCGACAACAGGACGAAGACAGCGCGUGCAUUUGAGCUCUACCGGUUGGGCAUAGCAAUUCAUUCUGUCGACGUUUGUGAGGAAGGGUAUGUAGCUGAACUUGUGGAGCAGCACGGAGUGUCGUGUUUUGUGCACGUGAUUGAUGAUGAGGUCAGUCUGUCUGGAGGAGGUGGUGGAUAUGAUGUGGCUGCACAGUUUGAGUGCUUGGCUCACAAUCUUGAGAAGAUAGCAGGAAAGAAUGUGCACAUGGUUCUUGUCACAUCAUCGGUCAGCAUUGAAGCUCCUGACAGUCGCUCUCAACUCACAUAUCGUCAGAAUUUUAUUAACCUGAAAAGCAGUAUAAUUAGGAAACUUGUCGAUAUCUACUGCAAAACGUCAAGAUUAUCAUGUGUGAUUCUGAAUGCUGUCAACACGUAUAGAGAAUUUGCAAAGGAUGAUGCUAUUAUGUCUCUAGUGGAGAAUUUUAUGAAAAGCCAACAUGAAAAAUCGUUUCUGGCAUAUCGAGUUUGGUUGACAUCUGUACGUGAUGUUGCUACAAGUGUUGUUCACGCUCUGCAAGCGAAAUCGAGAUUAUGUGGAGAGAGCUUAAUUAUUAAACCCACUUAUCGCAUAUCAAUGAGUGAACUUCAACAGAUGCAGAGACACAGCAAUAGAGACAAUAUCACACAUUAUUCGUUCACCAACCAGCAAUUGAGUGCUUCUCGUAAAGAUUAUGGACUUUGCUCCAUGACAUCACAUGGUAUCAAAGAGGCAGGCAACAGCCAUGAUGAUGUGAUAGUCGAUAUCCCAAGGAAACAAUAUGCAGACAGACUAGGUGAAGAGAAAAGUAGACGAAUACAAAGGGAGUGGGAAACGGUUCUUAAGAAACGUAAUGUCCAACUACAGCGGCAACGAAAGAGCAAUCUUCAAAAAUUUUAUCAGUUUGCAAAGAAAGUGAAUUUGAUGUUACCUCAAAUGCCCACGAAAAAGUUCACUUUUCAUGCAGGGAGAGAUUCGCCACGUUAUGACAUAGUGCGACUUUCUGGAUUUCAAAACAAUAUCAAAGUCUAUGUGGUGGACUGUAUUGGGAAGGUAUCAUUUGACAGCAAGAUUAUUGAUAAGGACAUUGGGUUAUAUAGAUCAGAGCUGAUGAAGUUUUGCAGGGAGAUUAACCAGUGUGUGGCGUUUAAUACCAAGGGCUUUCUAAAGAAGAAAGUUUCUGAACGUAAGCAUUGGGUUGCAAUGCAAGAAGGAGGCUUAUAUGUGGCAGAUAUUGAUAUGUGUCAAGCUGAUUUACAUGAUUGUGUCAAGCAUAGCACAUGUCAUUCAUCCGGUGCAGCUCGUUUCAGAUGUACUUGUGACAAGGGGUAUUGGGGCAAGACUUGCAUGCCUCGUUAUGAUGCAGACGGAUUACGUCGAAAUCUGGAGGAACAAGAAAAGAAGACAGAUGAGAUAAAUGGUGUCGACUGGACAACACUGAAACAGAACAAAAACUUUGUUUUUUUUCCUGGCAUGGAUUCUCCGGGUGGAGAUUACAUCGUAGCCGAGCAUCUCAAACAGAAUGCACAAAGUCUCCGUAUCGCUUGCUUGAGUACUCGCCGUUGCCUCGCCUUUAAUACAAAUGGCAUUCUGAAGUCGUUUGUCCAAUGGAGUAGCAGAUGGAUGCGAUGGACUGAUUCUCCUGGUCAUGGUUUUUAUGUUUUGGAUUUGGAUUACUGCGCUAUGGAUGAAAUGGAAUGUCCUGAGCUUUCGCGAUGUCAGAGACUUGGAGCAGCCAAUUAUAGCUGUGUGUGCGACGCAGGUCUGCGUAUGAUCGUGAAAGAUCUGAAACACAUGUGCGUGCCAGUCGAAGAACAGACACAAGACGGACACGUCGAGUCUAACAAAGCGAGAACGUCACAAGAUGGAUACAUUCACGUUAUUCUCUCUGCAGAUGUUGAACAUUGGAAAGGGCUUGCUGUGGUCGUGAGGUCGAUGCUGGCAAACUGUAUGUCACCGAGUAUCAUUCGGUUUCAUGUUGUGGUAGUUGGUGAAACGGCAGAGAGUUUGAGGCAGUUUUUGGGCUGCAGUGGAAUUCAUUUGAAGGAUCAGCUAGACAUUCGGUUGCUGGACGAUCUGGAGAUCCCUCAGGAGAAAAUCACCGUUAACUCAAACCCUAAAGUCGUUGGCAAUCUAGCAAGCAUGGCUAACUUUGCUCGCUUCUAUUUUCACAGGCUAUUUCCUCGAUUGAAACAAGCGUUGUACAUCGACGUCGACACGGUAAUUCAGAAAGACAUUCAAUUGUUAUGGAACGUUGUGAUCAAGUCUAGUGCUGCGUUUGCAGCCGUCGAGAGGAGCACACCGUCCUAUGGACAGUUUUUUGGGAAAUGGGUAAAGAAGAUCUUCACAGAAAGGUAUGGAUACAUUUUUCGUGAUGCGGAUCCAACUUUCAAUGCCGGUGUUUAUGCUGUCGAUCUCGCAUUGUGGGAAGAAAACAAAAUACUGGAUGACAUUCGGUUCUGGAUGAAAAAGAAUUCGGAACAUCAUUUAUGGGCAUAUGGUACUCAACCUCUUCUCUUACUGACGUUAUACAAUCGAUGGGACAAACUGCCAACAGAGUGGAAUUUUCAAGGUUUGGGUUACAACACGAUGCUUAGGCAAGAUGAAUUGUCUCGUGCUGCAUUGCUUCACUGGAGUGGAAGAAGGAAACCUUGGCUUGAGGAUGGAUUGUACAAGGCCUACUGGUUGAAAUACAACAAUGAGUGCUCAAGUCGUGGUCAGUGUGUUAGGGAUAGAAGAGUGGAAACUGGUCGGAUGUGGUCGUGUCGAUGCGAGAUGGGAUUCGGUGGUGAUAUGUGCCAGGAAAGUAGAACGCAUCAGUAACAUAAUUUGAGUGCGAUAUUCGGCCAUUGUUUUAGUUGUUCUAAGAAUUGUUUUAUUCAAAUACUCUAUUUUAAUCUAAAUAAUAUUUUAGUGUAAAUAAUAUAUUUUAGUGUAAAUA